UGGAAAGCACAGGCACGUCCACCGCUGCCCCAAGACAACGAGCAAAGUUGUACUUAAUUCGUUGACACUCGAGCUUCAAUCAUUCAUUCGAACCCUGAUCAUUCCUAUUGUCACCUCCAACAUGUCGAUGGUUUCUACAGUCCCUUUUCAGCUCUCGGGCCGGUAUGCCGAGCGAAAUCGGUGGGAAGUUCUCAACGGCCCGGGCGACUCGCGUGUAACAGGAACUCAAAUCAUCCAAGAUGAAAGUCUAGUUGACCAAUGGGGCGACAAGGUUAUUCUGAUUACUGGCGUUUCUUCUGGAAUUGGUGUUGAGACUGUGCGCGUCUUGGCAUCUACCGGAGCGACUAUCUUUGGCACAGCCCGGAAUCUUGAUAAGGCAAAGGAGGCCUUGGUUGACGUACUUGACACUGGGCGUGUUAAGCUUCUUUUCAUGGACCAGACAGACCUUUCGAGUGUUCGGGCGUGUGCUGAGGAGUUUCUGAAAGAGAGCUCCAAACUCAAUGUUGUUAUCAACAACGCGGCGGUGAUGAACACCCCGGAAAGUCGUACUAAAGACGGCUUUGAGCUACAGUUUGGAACAAAUCACCUAUCUCAUUUUCUCCUCUUCUAUCUACUGAAAGAUAGCCUACUGGAAAGUUCAACGCCUACAUUCCAUUCUCGCGUUAUCAAUGUUUCCUCAGCGGGCCACCGUUAUAGUCCUAUUCAUUUGGACAAUGUCAACUUUGAAGGAAACUACAAUGGUUGGCUUGCUUACGGAUCUAGCAAAACAGCCAAUAUAUACAUGGCCACCCAAAUCGAGCGUUUGUAUGGAGCGUUAGGUCUUCAUGGGUAUAGUUUAAAUCCUGGGGCCUUCAUGAGCCCCAAUCUCCAGAAACACUCCCAGGAAGAAAUGGAAGCAGUGAUGCAGAACAAGCGCGCACUGGCAUAUUUGUCUAGUCUCGAACAGGGCUGCGCAACCACUAUCUAUGGCUCUGUCUCGAGCGAACUGGAAGGGAAAGGCGGGUUUUACUUGGAAGGAGCAUCUGUGGCAGCUUUGCCGACUCCUUCGGACGGGGAUGGACUCGAAUAUGGAUACGGCAGUUGGGCAUUUGAUGAGGCAAACGAAAGGGAACUGUGGAAGCUUAGCAAAUCGUUGCUAGGAGUAGAGUAAUGCCGAGAUUCAUCAACAUCACUAUAUAUAAAAUUGUGCGCAGG